GGCACCACACCUAGGUCGGAGCACUACCGUCCUUCAGGGCUCCAGCCUCUUGAUAUUUUUAUAUUUCAAUAUCAGCUCGAUAGAGCGAGAGCAAGAGAGAGAGAGAGGGAGAGGGAGAGAGAGAGAGGAAGAGAGAGGGGGGAGAGGAGAGUGAGAGAGAGAGAGAGGGAAGGAGGGGGUGGGAAUUACACAAAAGAGAGAACCAAAAAUAAUUUUUUGAUUCCUAAGUUAAUUUGCUUGCUGAUCUGGGAUUUUUUUUUUUUUUAGUCAUCAUGAAAGGUAGAUGGACAAUCUGCCCGGGACUGCAGCCCGGUACGAUUUUUCAAAGCCAGAACUUACUCCAUUUUCUAUGCAAAUGUCAGAAAAGCGAAACAGCCUCUCUCUCAAGUCAGAGAAGGGGAAACGACGGCUCUCAGGUUGGGACAAUAUUCUCUGGAAGCUGGAGAAGAAACCGAACGCUCCUUUUCCCCGUUCCUCCCCACCUUUUGAAUCCGGAGGGGGGUAAAAAAUAAAAACAAAAACCAGCAACCCCAAGUUCUGCAAAGCUAAAACCCAAUCUCGGCUAUACUACUAAUAGGCGAGGCGCUCGGACUAUAAAACACAACAAAUCAUAAACCCGGCGGAGCCAGCAGCGGCCGCGCGCGCCUCCCCUCCCGAUGAGUUCCUAUUUCGUGAACUCCACCUUCCCCGUCACUCUGGCCAGCGGGCAGGAGUCCUUCCUGGGCCAGCUGCCGCUCUACUCGUCGGGCUAUGCGGACCCGCUGCGGCACUACCCGGCGCCCUACGGGCCUGGCCCGGGCCAGGACAAGGGUUUCGCGGCUUCGUCCUACUACCCACCGGCCGGCGGAGGCUACGGCCGGGCGGCGCCCUGCGACUACGGGCCGGCGCCCGCCUUCUACCGGGAGAAGGACGCGGCCUGCGCCCUCUCCGGCGGGGACGAGCCUCCCCCGUUCCACCCGGAGCCGCGCAAGUCCGACUGCGCCCAGGACAAGAGCGUCUUCGGAGAGAGCGAGGAGCAAAAGUGCUCCACGCCCGUCUACCCGUGGAUGCAGCGCAUGAAUUCGUGCAACAGUUCCUCUUUCGGGCCCAGCGGUCGACGGGGCCGCCAGACCUACACGCGUUACCAGACCCUGGAGCUGGAGAAAGAAUUUCACUACAAUCGCUACCUGACCCGCCGGCGGCGCAUCGAGAUCGCGCACGCCCUGUGCCUGACCGAGCGGCAGAUCAAGAUCUGGUUUCAGAACCGACGCAUGAAGUGGAAAAAGGAGAGCAAACUGCUCAGCGCGUCUCAGCUCAGUGCGGAGGAGGAGGAAGAAAAACCGGCCGAGUGAAGGUGCUUGCUGCAGAGGGAGGAGGGACACGGAGGGAGAGAGAGAGAGAGGAGAGAGGAGAGAGAGGAGAGAGGCCUGUUGGAGGAACCGAGGGCACCCGAAAGCCCCAGAAGGCUCUGCGGUCGGGGGUUGGGGGGAGGGAGUUUGGGGACUUGCUGUCCAGCGCCAGACGGGCGGGGCCCAGCGCUCUCCCGGACGCCCCCUUCCGCAGAGCUCUUCCCGGGGCGCUUGGGGUGGGGGCGCUGACCACCCAGCACCCCGGCGCCUCCUCCCUCCCGGAAGAACCCACCUUGGCCUCAGCAGGCUCCCUUGGUGAGAACUGAGAAUCGGACUCACUGGAUGUCUCCCGGAAGCAGAGCGGAACGCUCUUGUCCUUGUCUCAUUUCGUCCAUGUCCCCCCACCCGUACCCAGUGCACGGUUCAAUGGUAGAUUCGCUGUCCCCUCAGCAGGGACCUGAAAGACUCCCUCACCCCAGACUUGCCUCUCCUACCCCCUCCCCAAAGCCACUGGAAGGAGCACAUACUACCUAGAAGUAAGAAGAGGAGCCUCAGAAGAAAACAAAGUUCUAUUUUAUUAAUUUUUUUAUGUGUUGUGUUUGUAGUCUUGUCUUAGGGUCUGGACGUGGAAUACUUCGGUAAUAAUAUUAAUAUUAUUAAUAAUGAUUAUGAUGAUGAUGAUGAUGAUAAUAAAGAUGUGAAAACUCGCAGCUCAA